GUCCGCCGGCAGCUCCUCAGUCGGCCCCAGGACGUGCUGGAGGGUGUUGUGCUGCAUCCAGCCGACGCUGCUGUGGGCCGCUCCAGGUGUCACCCCGCUGGGCCUCCCUCCUCGGCCUGCCUCCUGCUCUUCGUGGAUGAAGUGGACGCUUUCCCCGGGAAGCUGCGCCACCGUGAGGCCACUAGCUCUGUCUGGCCACAGGAGGUGGUGGGGCGGGAGGAGAUAAACAAGGACCUCAAAGCAACCCAGUACGCCUUCCUAAACCACAUGAAGGAUCGCAGCAACAAAUUCAUGCUGGUCCUGACCAGCCACCCGGAGCAGUUACACUGGGAUAUCCACGACCGCAUCGAUGUGAUGCUUCACUUUGACCUGCCGCAGCAGGAGGAGCGGGAGCGCCUGCUAAGAAUGUAUCUUGACAAGUAUGUUCUUAUCCCGGCAACAGAAGGAAAACAGUGCCUGAAGCUGGAAGUGUUUCACUAUGGGCGGAAGUACGAGGAGAUCGCUGAGCUGACGGAGCACAUGUCGGGCCAGAUCGGUGAGCUGGCUCACUCCUGGCAGACCAUGGCGUAUGCCUCCGAGGACGAGGACGGGGUCCUCACCGAGGCCAUGUUGGAUGCCUGUGUGCGAGACUUUCUCCGGCAGCAGGAGCAGAAAAUGCGCUGGCGGAAGAGCCGGCCUGGCCCCGAGGACGAGCACCCCUCAACCUGAGUCCGCGGCGAGACCACACCUCACGGAGCCUGGCUGCGGACCCCUCCCACCCCUGCCUUUCCAGUCCCUGCACAGUUAGGAAAUGCUCCCCGUAAUAAAGUCCCGCAGGUGCCGCACCGCUGUCUAUUGGCUGAUAUGGGGCGGGGUUUGGGUCCCCUAGCGUCCUCCUGGGGUCAAAGGUGACAGAAAAGACAGAGGCUGGAGCUUUCUGGAGAAUUUAACCAGAGGGGUGGGCUUC